CGGGUUUAUAAAAAGGACCCGUCACGGCUACACCUACGCGAUUCCAGCAAUUCAGUACCCUUCCAUCAUGCAUGUGGCGCAGGAAAGCUUGAAAUUAUGGAGUUUAUACUCGAGAAAGGAGGAGAAUUGGAAGCCUUUGAUGGUCAAGGAAACACUGCCUUGCACUGGGCAGCAGAGAAGGGCCAGGCAGCAGCUAUUGAUUUCCUCAUACUCAAAGGCAUCAGUCCGAACCCCAUGAACCAUCAGUGUAUGACACCUCUGCAUACAGCAUGUGAUCUAGAUGUUGCAGACUCAGUCGAUGCAUUAUGCAAACAUCGACCACUGGUAGAUAUAGACUGUUCGGGAGAGUUGGGUCAGACACCUCUUCAUUACUGCGCAGUUAGAGAUAGUGUGAACGCCGCAAGAAAACUGCUUGAAUUUACCCCAGCUCUUUCUCGACCCGACCAAAAUGGCGUUUACCCGAUCCAUGCUGCUGCUACCCAUGCCUCUGCCAGGGUGAUGGAACUUCUCUUCGUGGAAUCGGAGAGGCCAGGCAGUGAUCGGUCAUCGCUCCUCACGGUGACAGAUAAGGAGGGCAACUCGGCCCUCCAUUCGGCCGUCAACAGCGGGGACUUCGCUGCAGUUAAACUCUGCCUUAAAUACGGAGCGAGAAUUGAUAUACAACAGGCUGAUAAGUCAACGCCAGUGCACUUAGCAUCAUCUCAAGGCGCUCUUGAUAUGGUCCAGCUCAUGUUCAACUCUCAAGAUGAAAACAGAAAAUCACUUCGACUCAAGGAUGUACAAAACCAAACACCUUUACACAAGGCCGCCAUGUUUGAUCAUGCAGAAGUGGUGACGUAUCUGAUAAAUGAGGGAAGUGAUUACAAUGCCAAGGAUCGACAAUGCCGUACACCUCUGCUUCUCGCUACUGCACGAGGUGCCUGGCGCGCAGUCCGUACGCUGCUCCAACGAGGUGCAGACUUUACACAGACAGAUUGUGACAAGCGAAAUGUACUACAUCUGGCGCUUCUCCACGGGGGCAAUCUGGAUUUCUUCGGUAGGGAGUUUUUCAAGCAGAAAGAAGGAGCAUUGGAACUGCUUAACCAGCGGGACUGUUCGGGCUGUACACCGAUGCACUACGCCACCCAACAGGGCAAUAUCAAGUCUGUCCAAGGCCUUAUCGACCUCGGUGCUACCGUCAACCUGAAGAACAAAGAAAAACAAUCACCUCUUCAUUUCGCAGCCAGGUAUGGUCGUCUGAAUUCGUGUAAACGACUACUCGAUAGUGCGAUAGGACCUCAUAUCUUGAACGAGAGCGACGGUGCGGGUCGGACAGCACUCCACAUCGCAUCGUGGAGCGGUCAUGUUAAACUUGUACAACUCUUACUCAGUAAAGGAGCAUUAUUGCAUAGGGAUCAUGAAGGAAGGACACCUCUUCACUUGGCUGCCGUAGAGGGCUACAUCAAUACAAUGAAAGGUUUAUUAGCUACACAUCCUCAUCUUAUGAAUCAAACAGACGAUGAAGGGAACACUGCCUUACACUUGGCGGCUCGAGCUGGCCAGGCUGCCGUCGUCACAUUCCUACUCGACAGUCAAGCCGCAUUGUUACGUAAUAAUUCGGACCAGAGCUGCAUGGAAGUGGCUAUCGAGUGCAGAAACAAAGAUGUCGCCAUGGCCUUUGUCAUGAACGAAAGGUGGCAUGAAGCGAUGGACGAUUGUGGGGAGAGGAAGGCACCUCAUAUGCUCGGCCUUAUCGAACAGUUACCAGAAGUGGCUUAUACUGUUUUAGAAAGGUGUCAAACAGAGAAGAAAGCUGACGAAGAAGACCCAAGAAGUCGGCGGAAUUACGACUUUACCUAUCUCCGAUGUACAAAGGAUAAGCAAUCUAAGUUUCUCAAUAGUGAAGAAGGAUUUGUUCCCCUUCUGGUGUUAAAUACAAUGGUGAAAUUCAACAGAAUCAACUUGUUAUCCCACCCAGUGUGUGUUAAUUAUCUUGCAAUGAAAUGGAAUGCCUAUGGACGAGCCUGUCACGUGACUAACAUCACGAUCUACCUAGUCUUUGUUUUCUUCCUAACCUACUUUGUGUGUAUUACCGACGUACCUGAUAGCUUCCGGGUCGCCAACCGUACAUCGUUUGAAGAUAGCCAGUCAGUUGAAGAAUACCUUCGGUUACCGUACGCAGAUUUUACCAUGUCAACUAUUGUUGCUGUAUGGGUGAUCUGUGGGUUUGCUUCUAUGAAUAUACUGAAGGAAAUCGUCCAGCUCUUGCAACAGGCAAGUAUAACCGGUAAAGGGAGAUACUUCUAUGAAUUCACCAAUCUGCUAGAAUGGACGCUCUAUGCCACAUCAUUAGCCUUCGUUGCCCCGUACCUCGCCGGGGAGAACAAAGAUUUCCAGUGGCAGUGUGGUGCAAUCGCAGUUUUCCUAGCCUGGUUUAACUUUUUACUUUAUUUACAAAGAUUCGAUAUAUUUGGUAUCUACGUGGUGAUGUUCCUAGAAAUUCUUCGUACACUAGUCCAGGUUCUAUUAGUCUUCUCAAUCCUCAUAGUUGCAUUCGGUCUCACCUUCCAUAUCUUAUUACCAAGAGAGGACAACCACGCGCAUAACACCCCAGCGAUGUCACUGCUACGCGUUUCCACCGCGCUACUCCUCGGCGAACUCGACUUCAUCAAUUCGUUCGUCGAUCCGCUCAACGAUGGUGACAACGUCACAAUGCCUUACCCAGAACUCACAUAUUUCUUUCUUAUUGGCCUCGUAUUACUGAUGCCAAUCCUACUUAUGAAUCUAUUGAUUGGUUUGGCUGUUGGUGAUAUCGCCUCCAUGCAACAUAAUGCCCAUCUCAAGCGGCUGGCUAUGCAGGUUGAACUUCAUACAGAUCUGGAGCAGAAGCUUCCUGCUCGCAUCCUCAAGGCUGGCGAGAGAGACCAAUACACAGUGUAUACACAUACCGCCAAGUACUUUAUACUCAGGGCCCGUGAGAGAGGGAAAUACUUCUUCUAUAUUAAGAUGCUUCAGUACUUCAUAUAUAGGAUUUGGAAUAAAAUCCGAGAAACGGCUGGUAUGGAAGGCAACGCGAUUGGGUCCAAAAUGGGAGGAGAUGCGGCGAACGACCCUCAGCUUGUUAUUCUACAAAACGAGAUGAUUAGCCAGAAAAGAAGACUGAAAGAGGUCAAAGAGCAGCUGGACCGCCAAUACGACUUGCUACGUCUUAUCGUGCAGAAGAUGGAGAUCCGAAGCGAGGCUGAGGACAGAGACGAAGGCGAGGGUCCCGGCGGAGAGAACGGCAGAUGGUUCCCUUCCUCCAACUAUUGCACCGACUUCUCGCAGUUCAUGUCGGCACGAAGCUCCAGGAGAUCUAGUCUUGCUAGUGUUGGGGUUGGUACGGUCGUCAGGCAGGACAGCGCCCCCACCGUUCCAACCAGAUCAUCACCAUCAUCUGUGCGUGCUUCCUCGACUUGGAGCCUUCCUCGGACGCGGUUACUAUCAUCAUCAGAAUCAAUGAUAUGAAGUCCCCUACACACACAAUGAUUUGUGAUGUGACAUUUACUUUAAGUUAAUUCUUUAUUUUAUGUGAUGGGAAUUACGAUAUGCAAAAUUUAAAUAAACACUAGCAUUUUUUCAUGUCAAAAUUCUAAGAAUUAUCGAUAUCUUUGUGUAAGGACGAAAUGCUCCCUUCCAAGUUGUCUGAAUUCAUGAAUGAAUGCCCAAUCUUAUAACUGAAAAUGUACAAGCAUAUAAGACAUAUAGCUUGGAAAUUACUAUCUGAUAGUUCCCAACGGUAAUAUCUGCGGAAAGAAAUUUUAGAUUGUAAGUCGCAUUCGAUGUACUUCCUGCCUGCUGUUUUGAUUUCCUUGUUAGAACUGACAAAGGGAUGUUUCUAUGAAUGCUGUACAAAUGUGAUUUUAGUUUUAUAAGAUUGGUCUUGACUCGUAAUAUCCAGGGAAAUCUCAUUAAAAAAUGAAAAAGGAGAGCCCAUGUCUUAAUACGAUACAAUACUAAUCCUUCGAUCCUUCCAUUUUGAACGGUGUCUCCCUUUUUGCAAUCCGCUUACCAAGAACAUGUAUCAAGUUUGCGACUUUAUGAACCUCCAUAUUCACAACCCAACGCGAAAUUUCCAUGGCGCCGCACUUUUGGAAACCAUCAUACAUGUAAUUCAUUAUAACUAAUCUCUUGGAGACGUUUAUCAACAAAAAAUGGAAAGAUAUCAAUACAUUUGUAUCGACCAUUAUUAGGCCUACCUUAUCGGAGAGGGGGAUACUGAAUAAACCCCUUUUGGCUACAGUCACACACACACCAUAACGGUUCUAGACCGAUCAAGCCUAGAGUCAUACCGAUUAAGCAAUUAAACGGUAUUACAUCGGUGGGUUAGGAAUCAGUAUCAUUGUCGUUGUGAGUGUAGCAUGGGUUUAAUGGUACAGUCUAACCAAAGAAACCGGCACAAAGCGAUCAAGCCAUUACGUUAUUUGGAAUGACAAUGCAUCGGUCGGUUAGAGGGCGGUUUCGUUGGUGUAACUGAGUACAAUUGGGAGUGCCGUUGUAGAAAAAAGAACAGUGCAAUGGAAUUGAGUUAAGUCAUUCAGUCUCAAACAUUUCAAAUGUUUAUUUUUUGACGAAUGUAGAUAUCAAAUCUCGUUUCUCAUUGGAGGAGGACUUACUAUAGUCAGCAUAAAAACAAUCCAAAUGAUUUUUUUACAUGACGUAAUGGCCCAAUUGAUGCCUAUGCUUAGUAAUGGUAAUAUUUAGCUGGGGUCUUCUUGUACAUGCAUGCCUAACAUACUACACCAUCGGCGACUCCUCAACCAAUUCUCCUUUUCAAGAUUCACUACAGACUGGUCAACAUGCCAAAGUCAGCUAUAGUCACUCCGGCAACAUAUGUUGCAAGGAAGGACCAUACACUGAAAUUUGCUGUGCCAAAAUCGUUGAUUCCUACAAAUACUUCUUCCCAAGGAAAAUCCGAAUAUGGAACCACCUGCCUGGCGAAGUUGUAUCCAAAACAGGUCUACCAGCAUUCAAAGAGGCUACACUUUCCAUUAUUAGAAAUCUGCAGCCUCCAACCGGAUCUCUUGUUCUUUAAGAUGUAUCCAGGUUUUUACCUAUAUGGUUUUUACUUCCGCAACACACUCUCCUUUAUCGUAAAAUAGAUAUCUUCACUGUGGCACCAAUCGUAAAAGUUGUAAAAGUUGAUUCCAAUUUAGCUUUUUGGAGCUGCGAGAGGAAUUAUCUCAUCAAGUAUCAAGUAACAAAAUAUCAUUCACCCACUGACAUAGCAACAGACCUCGCUCAUUACUUUACCCAUUAUCAUUGUCUUUAGGCGCAUCAUGUACAUGUACAAUACAUUGAUGAUGGUAAUUAUGACAGUUUACCUGGGGUAGCUACUUCAGUUCAAUUAUUGCUCUACCUACGAGCCUUGCAUGAAAUAAAAUUUCUAUUAUCCUUUCAAGCCUAAAUGGUUGACUUUGAGCUAGGAGGCACACGUCUUAGGCAUGACUCGGUCUAGGAUUAAACCCAGUACGACAUCCUGUUUAUUACCAUGAUUGUGUAUAGCCCUUUAUGGGUAUUCAUGAAUUUUGCAAAGCAAAAGUAUACAUCGUACACAAGUUGCUCUAGUUAUCGUUAUAAUUCAUCAUUUGAGUGACAGUCACUUAAUGGAAAUUAGUUCUCUUUCAUGUAGACUUAUACAAAUCACACUGUAAUACGAUGAGCAUGGUGAGAAAUGCAGUGUAAGUGUAGACUUUUUAACGAAAAUCAAAGAAGUUUUAAAUACAUAUUUAUAUUUCAGUUGCAUUUUUUUGUAAAUAUCUUUACAGUGCUCAAUCUGAAACAUAAUUAUCAUUUCUCGUCACAAUACCACGGUCCUUGGGUGUAACAUGAUAAGGAGAUGCGCGAGAUAUUUUAUUUCAUUCUAUUAAUUUUUCAAUUCUGGUUAAAAAAUGUAACAUACAUUUAAUGGUAUACACGAAUAAUAAAGAAUGAAUAUAAAAAUACGGGGAAAGAGAAUAGGUAAUCAAUCUUCCGCAGACUUAUAAAUUAUCAAAAGUGGUGUAAAAAAAGGGGGGGUAUAUGCAAUAUCUCAGAGUAAAAUGUAUACAGUCUUAUAAUGAAUAUUCCUCACAUUUAUUAUUUUUUUUCGUUUACUUUAAAUUGAUUGCAUUUGGUUCACAAUAGACUUACAAUAACGAUUGUUCGUAAAAUUGAGCGUAGUGUUGUGCUACAUUUUCCUAGUCAUGUUGCCAUGAUAUUUUCCCUUUUAUCAUUUUUUGUCAUUUAAGAUAUUAAAGGUUAAGUCCACCUCAAAAGAGUGUUGAUUUGAAUUGA